AUGGAAGGCCCUCAGCCAGCUACAGCAGAGCUGAGGGGCCCUAAGGUCCUGACCUUCCAUGUCCCCCCCACUCAGAAGAUUAAAGGAGAUCACUCCUACCAGAGGCCUAUGCUGCCCACCAAAAAACACUGGUUCACCUUGUUGUCACCAUGGCAGCAGCAGCAUCUCCUGAGCAGACCCCUUUAUAUCCGAAUGUUCUGUACUGGGUUGUGUGGGUUCACUUUCAUCCUGCUCCUCUGCAUCUCCCCGUUGCCCUGGGUGAAGUUUCUAUUGGCAAAGAAUGGCCUUGAGCUCCAUACAGGACUCUGGACCCUGUGUGAACAUGAACUCUGCUGGAGCCACGUACCUAGUAAUCCCUACUAUCUCCAGAUCUCCAGAAUCUUCUUUCUCAUCUCUGCCCUCACUGCCUCCAUCAUCCUCGUUUGGGUCAUCGACUCCUGCCGGCACGGGAAAGAGCCCCCUACUAGCCUGGAUCAGGGGGUUGCCAUCCUUUCUUUGACUUCAGGACUCAGCCUGUUCGUCUGCCUUGUGCUUUUUCUGAUGCAAGUCAAAAAGUACACUAGCUACACCAUGGGGUCAUCUUACCUGUGGAUCUUCCACUUCAACUGGUGGGGUAGCUUCUUCUACAUAGUGGCUGGGCUUGUCUCCUUCUUCAAUUACAAAACUUUUGGGAUUUUGCCCUCUGAUCCAGAUGCCACUAAAAUUCUCCUAGUAAGGAGAAGAUUGGGGAUUAAUCCAAAGAUGUGGUCAACACCAGUAAAAGAAGAAGAUCCAGAAUCAGAUAUGAUUGGAGAUCAUGUGGUGGACAUAGAGGCCAUAGUAGCCUCUUUGGAAGAUGGUCACGUCAACAAUAAUAAAUAG